AUGACGACAUAUAUAUAUAAUUAUGGCGGCGGUCGUCGUGGUGGUGGUGGCCGUGGUGGUGGUGGCAGAGGCGGUCGUGGUGGCGCGGGCGGCGGUAAGACUCCCAACAGGAAUAAAUGCCCCGUUUGUUUCAAGCGGGGUCAUACCGCCGCUCAAUGUCGUGCCGUGGAUGCCGCCGCCACCAGAGACCCGGUCGCUGAGGCUGCCGAAGCAGCUAUCGCGUACGCCAGAAAAUUGCAAGAAGAAGCUGCCCUGGCUGCUCGGGAGCAGCAGAGAAAUCAGCCACCACCACCACCACAACAACAGCAGCAAGAACAGCCACCACAACAACAGCAAGAACAAGAAGAGCAGCAUAUUAACAUGUAA